GUGCGCGCUGCCCUGAGGCAUGGCGGCGGCCAUGGCUGCGGCCCUGUCCCUGUCCCUGUCCCGCGGCGCGCCCCGGGGGCGGCUGCACACGGUGUACCAGAGCGUGGAGCUGCCCGAGACGCACCUGAUGCUGCGCCAGACGUGCCGCGACUUCGCCGAGAAGGAGCUGAUGCCGCUGGCGGCCCAGCUGGACAAGGAGCACCGCUUCCCUGCAGAGCAGGUGAAGAAGAUGGGUGGCUUGGGGCUGCUGGCGAUGGACGUGCCGGAGGAGUACAAAGGCGCAGGCCUCGACUACCUGGCCUAUUCCAUCGCGGUGGAGGAGAUCAGCAGGGGCUGCGCGUCCACGGGCGUCAUUGUCAGCGUCAACAACUCUCUGUAUUUAGGGCCAAUACUCAAGUUUGGUACUGAGGAACAGAAGCACAAGUGGAUCGCUCCCUUCACCAGCGGGGAUAAAAUCGGAUGCUUUGCUCUUAGUGAGCCAGGAAAUGGCAGCGACGCGGGAGCGGCAGCCACAGUGGCACGCCUGGAUGGUGACGAGUGGGUCCUGAAUGGCACCAAGGCCUGGAUCACCAACGCCUGGGACGCCUCGGCCGCCGUGGUGUUUGCUACUACAGAUAAAUCCCUGAAGCACAAGGGCAUUAGCGCGUUCCUCGUUCCCAUGCCAACCCCAGGGCUGUCGCUGGGGAAGAAGGAAGACAAGCUGGGCAUCCGCGCCUCUUCCACGGCCAACCUGAUCUUCGAGGACUGUCGGAUACCCAAGGGCAACCUGCUGGGACAGCUGGGAAUGGGCUUCAAAAUCGCCAUGCAAACGCUGGAUGGAGGAAGGAUCGGCAUCGCCUCGCAGGCGCUGGGAAUAGCGCAGGCAGCCCUGGACUGCGCUGUGGAUUACGCUGAGAAGAGGAUGGCGUUUGGGUCGCCCAUCACCAAGCUGCAGGCCAUCCAGUUUAAGCUAGCAGACAUGGCUGUGGCCUUGGAGGGGGCGCGCUUGCUGACCUGGAGAGCUGCGAUGCUGAAGGACAACGGGAAGCCCUUCACGAAGGAAGCAGCAAUGGCCAAGCUGGCGGCAUCAGAGGCUGCAACAAACAUCGCUCAUCAGGCCAUCCAGAUCUUGGGUGGGAUGGGUUAUGUGACAGAGAUGCCAGCAGAACGUCACUACCGAGAUGCUCGUAUCACCGAGAUCUACGAGGGGACCAGUGAGAUCCAAAGGCUGGUGAUAGCAGGUCAGCUGCUGAAGGCUUACCGGGGCUGAAGAACCUCAGAGCACCGCAGUGCCCCAAAGUGCCUCCUAGCGGCGCACAACAGUGAUCCAGUCUUGGCCCUCCUGAACGAGGACAAUGAUGGACGUUUUCCUCACCAGUGAUUAACUGCCCUACGUGUUAAAGUGUGCUGAUUCUUCUUUGGACAAAGUAUGGUGCAUGGACGGCCCUGUCUAGGUUUGUAAGCAAUGGGCUGAGCGCAGGAGGGAGGAGGCACCCUGUGUGUGUAGGCGAGCACAGGCCUUUUCCUAGCAGAGCGGUUUCUGUGGUAGCACAGCGACUGACUUUGCUGUUCAGUGAAGUCAGCUGCGCUCCUUGUGAACUUGCCUGCUGCUUCCUUUGCGAGGCUUUGCCACGAGUGGUAUGUGAUACCCAGUGCCAAGGUUCAAGGCGCUGGGACGUGCCUCCUGUGCUGUCCCAGUAUGCAGGGUACGCUGCCUUGGCUGCUGGACUAAGGAAUUUCAGGUGUGGGCUGCUCUGGGGGGGCUCCCUGUGCAGUGCAGGCCAUACCAAGAAGUGCAGCAGCAGCAGCGUGCUGCUCCCCACGUCCAGCAGGAGUGGUGCUAGAGGGGAGGCCACAGGUACUGCCUACACACAAAGGGCUCUGACACAGGCUGUGAUGCUGCGUGUGCGGAUGGAAAAACAAAGGUAAGGAAAACAAAAACCCAUCUUGCGCAGCACCGCCCCCGCCCUGUUUGCUCAGCACCUUAUGGAUGCAGCUGUAAAAGCAACGUAUAGAAAAGCUGCAAUGGCUGAGACAUAUUUACAAGAAACAGAAUAAAUGUCCCCCAGACUGCUUUUAUUACACAAACGAUGAUCUAACAGGAAAGAAAGUGCACAAAGUGGCAGUAACAGCCUUUAGUCUGUAACGUAUUUUGGGCAACAACUAGGAAAUGCACAGGUGAUACAGAAAACCUUACCAGGAAGCUUUUGCAGUAGCACAUAUCCUCCACCACUUAUCUUUGGCAAAAAAAAAAAAAAACAACUUAGACGAUGAAACAGCCAAACAAGAAGCUCUAAACUCAGGAAAAGAGGGCCAGGAUUAAGACUCCAACCUGUGUGGCCCACAGCCUUGUCCAAACACCGCGUACACGAGAUGUAAAUGGUUAUUUUCCUGUGGUGGCAUUUGUGUAAUUUGUGUGGCAAAUUAAAAGAAAAUGCCAAAAACCAGCAAGAUUGUAUUACAAAAAAGAGAACAGAGAAGACAAAUAAAACCUGACUUUUUUAAAGGA